AUGGGGUGCAGCCAGUCGAAAGCGACAGACGUCGCCCGUCCUGCGUCCGUCCCCGGGGGGGAGCCUGAAGAGCUCCCGAAAGACCACAUUGCGCCAGCCAAUCACGGAGCCGACAAUACCACCAAUAGUGGAGACAAUACCACCAAUAGUGGAGACAAUACGACCAAUAGUGGAGACAAUACCACCAAUAGUGGAGACAAUACUACCAAUAGUGGAGACAAUACUACCAAUAGUGGUGCAGCGCGGGCUGAGGAGCAGGCGCCCGUGUGUGCCUCGAGGCCCAACGCCCUCGUGGCGCCGGAGAGUGUGGCAGUCGAUGUCCCCGCCAGCGUCCGCGCCAACUUUUCGUCCUUUAACAUUUCGUUCAUUGACGCGACAGUGAGCGCUCCAACGAGUGCAACGACAGAGCCAAACGUCGCGUCGGUGCGCGUGAUGCCGGACACGGCGCCGCGAGGGGACGACAAAGUGGGAGAGGGCGACCGGUUGAUGGCUGAGAUCGAAGAGGACCGCGUGGACGAGCCGCGUGGGGAGGAAGUGGCUCUGGAGGGGACAGUGAGGCGAGACGGAGACGUGCAGUUUGUGGACCGUGGAGGCAGUGGCGGCGAUGGGGAGAAGGAGACGACGAGUGGGGAAAGCAGUAGCGCUGUGGAGGCGUCUGGUGCUGCUGAAGUUGGAACAGCGGGGGCAGACGUGGAAGCAGUUGGUGUGGCGGAAGAGUCAGUGGAGGAGAUGGAGGAGGAGGAGGCUGUCGAGGUCGUGGAGAAGGAGAGAGCUGGUCAGUCGAGUGGAGAGAACGAGGUACUUGAGCUGGUUCAUGUGAAGACUGGGGUAGAGCUGGUGGUAGAGGAGACGACUGCAGAAGGUCUUGUGGAGGACAGAGGUGACUUACUUGAGGGAACGGAGGCUGCUGGGUCGUUUGAGGCACAGGAGCUUGUCGAGUCCCGUGUUGAGACGGAGGUGAAGUCGGUUGAGGAGAUAGAGGUCGCUGAGGCCGUCAAGGAAGAGGGGAUUGUUGAUACGGUUGACGAGGAGAAGGUCACUGAGGCCAGUGUGGACGAGGAGAUUGCCGUGUCAGUUGUUCAGGAGGCGUCGCAGGCGGUUGCGACGAACGUGUCUGAAGUGGUUGCGGUGGAUGAGCCUACUGAGUCGGUAAAGGAGGAGGAGGUCAGUGGUCUGGUGAGCGUCGGUGAAGUGGAGAAGGUCGCCGAGCUAGAGAAGGCCGAAGUGUCUGCUAUAGAAGAGAGCUCUGAGCUGCUAAAGGAGGAGCAAGCUGGUGAUGUUGGUGCAGGUCAUUCAGUUGAGCGAGUGGCGGAAGAGCCGAUUGUCGGGGGCGAGGACGAAGAGACCAUCGAGCCUGCUGUGAAGAAAGUCAUCGAAGUGGUUGUAGACGAGAAGACGAUUGAGCCAGUCGAGACCGAGACGGGUACUGACUCAAUCGAGCUUGCUGAAGCCGCUGCAAUUGGCGAGACGGCUGUCUUUGCUGAUGCGUCUGACGUUGCUAGAGAGGCUGAGGCUGUGACGCUUACCGCGCGAACGGAAGCCGUUGCCGAGUCUAUGACGGUUGUAGAGAAGGAGAAGACGAACGUUGGCGCUGCAUUGGAGGGCGCUGUCGAGGUACAGGAGGCCAAUGUCGAGCAAGUGGAUACCGAUGACAAACCCGCAUCUACUUCCAUCACGGAGACGAAGAGCAGCUAA